UGAAAAAAAACGGAAGUGAGAUUGUUUUGGUGAAACUACGUGAACGCAGGCGGAGGAAUGGAGGCGAAGCCAGAAAGUCACAAGCUGAUCUUUGAGAAGGAGGGAGUUUACCUUCACACCAAUGCUAAAAGAAGCAAUCAGGACACAACCAUCCCUGGGUUCAUCAGGAUAGUUGAGCGGGAUGGAGAACCAGCACUAGAAUGGAGUCCUAUUGAGGAUGAUGGGAGAAAUGCUCCUGCUGUCUUCUACACCAAGAAGGAUGGAGAAGGAGGAGAGGAGGAGACCAAGUUUGACCCUGGUUAUGAACCUGACUGGGCUGUCAUCAGUACAGUCAAGCAGGACAGACGGCAAGAGCGGCCGCCGGUCAGAGAAACCGGUCACUGGAGCUCGUUCUCUCUGCCGCUGUCAGAGCUGUACUCUCUCCGGAGGGCUCGCUUUUCUCUGGGCAGGAACUUCUUGGUUCUGACCACCAGAGGGGGUGAUCCUCUCCCUCCCCUGCACUUCCAUCGUGGAGGCACCAGAGAGCUGCUCAAAGCCAUGCAGCGCUACAUCAGACUAGCUCCCUCCCCUAUGGAUGGCAGGCUCUUCUUGGCAUACCCUCAUGAUUCUGGAGCCCUGUCGCAGUCCUUUGAUGAGCUUCAUCUCUUUGAUGACACCAGUGCAGACCUUGUGUCUAGGUUCAUUCAGGACCCUUACGCCACCACGUUUGGGGGCUUCUCAAAGGUGACAAACUUCUUCCGGGGAGCACUGAGAAAUCCAGAGUCACCCCUUAAUAACCGCUCACCCCAGGACCCCCAUUUCCCACAUUCGGCUGAUGAGGAGCCCGGCUUUGAGCUCAUUACCUGCGGUGCGGAGCUCGGCCCUAGACCAGAGGUGAAACGAGGAAAGCCUUUGGAUAAUUGGGAGCAGUUUUUGGAUCCAGAGGGCCGUGUCACAGAUCCACAGAAAGUCAAGGAGCUGGUGUUUAGAGGGGGUAUUGUUCCAUCUCUGCGGAAGGAAGUAUGGAAGUUCUUACUAGGGUUUUACCCAUGGAACAGCACAACUAAAGAGAGAGAGGACAUCCUUAUGGUGAAAACGGAUGAGUAUUUCAGGAUGAAGGUUCAGUGGAAAUCAGUUAGUGAAGAGCAGGAGAUGAGAAACUCUCUCUUCAGAGGAUACCGGAGUCUCAUUGAACGGGAUGUGAAUCGAACGGACAGACAAAACUCCUUCUUCUCUGGGAACAAGAACCCAGGACUAACGCUGCUCCACGAUGUGCUGAUGACGUACUGCAUGUACAACUUUGAUCUAGGUUAUGUUCAAGGGAUGAGUGAUCUCCUGUCUCCUCUGCUCUUUGUUACCCAGAAUGAGGUGGAGUCCUUCUGGUGCUUGACAGGUUUUAUGGAUCUCGUGCACCAGAACUUUGAGGAGUCCCAGGAGGCCAUGAAACAGCAGCUCCUUCAGCUCAGCCUCCUACUGAGAGCACUCGACCCAGAGCUGUGUGACUACCUGGACUCUCAAGACAGCGGUUCACUUUGUUUCUGUUUCCGGUGGUUACUGAUUUGGUUUAAGAGAGAGUUCUCUUUUGAAGACAUCUUGAGUUUGUGGGAGGUCUUGUGGACUCGUCUGCCUUGUGAAAACUUUCAAUUACUCAUGGCCUGCUCCAUUCUCGAGUCACAAAAAGAGGAGCUGAUUGGUUCAAACCAUGAUUUCAACUCAAUACUAAAGCACAUUAAUGAGCUGACCAUGAAGCUGGAUCUGCAGUCAGUACUGUGUGGAGCAGAAGCUAUUUAUUUGCAACUGACACACUGCAAGGAACUACCUCCCAAAGUGCAGGAAGUUCUUGGUUUACGCGUCCCAUCAGGCUCAUCUGAACAGAGUCCAGACUCAGAGGCCUGUGAAAUGGACACUCUACUCUCUCAUUCACAGGCCAGAGGAGCGACGUCCUGCCAGCCAUUCAAUGGGCACACACCACAGCGCCCACCUCCCACAUACCCAUAAUCCCCAAAGAAAACCUGAUGCAAUUGAAUGAGGAAAAAAAAAUCAUGAUUAAUGUGAUGAAUGUAAUCCAGAGGUUGAAAUCUAGACAGUUUUUUACUGUACUUUGCAAAGAAGGGCUGAGGAUUUUGGACUAUGGGCAUUGCAAACCAUUGCUUAUAGUGUGAGCAUUAUUGUUCUAGUUAUAUAGCUCAUAUUUUAUCUGUUAAUAUUUUAUGCAUUUCUGAGUGCUGGAUAUCUAAUCGUUUGAUUCACUACUUGCAGUACCCAAUGCUAUGGUAUUCUUUAUGUAAUAUAGGAUGAUGUGUUAAGUUCCGUUGAAUUUUCUGCCUUUUUUCACUCUCUGUAUUGUUACACUCUGUGUCUGCUUCAAGUUAUGCUAUGCACUACCAUUUUGCAUGCGAUGUAGCAGGAGCUACUUCAUAUUACUUCUAUUGUUAGUUUUUAACAUUAAGCUCUUUCAUAUGGUGAAAGCAUCUAAAAUAAAAUAUUUAAAUGUA